AUGGGGUACACCGGAAAGCCAUCAACGGCUUGCCUCCCAUGCCGUCAGAAACGAAGAAAGUGCGAUCAUGCUAUGCCAGGGUGUUCACAAUGCUCCCGCCAAAAAAUCCAAUGCCCUGGGUACGAGACAGACUGGGACUUGCGGUUCAGAGAUGAGACAAAGUUUUUAGCUGCCGGAACCAGCAAAAGAAAGGCCAACCAAGCUGCGAAACGUUCUACACCUUCACCACCAAAUUCUCUGAGCUCUCCAAGUCAGGCCAUCAGUAUCCCAACUAUUGAUAAGGCUGUGCCUUACUUUAUAGUCUCAUAUAUAGAUAGCACAGUUUAUGGGAGCUACCUACCUCAGCUAUAUGCCGAAGCUGUCUUGCAAAACUGUACACGAGGCGCUCUGGUCUCAACAAUACGAGCUGCAUCGUUGGCUGCCCUAGCCAGACGUCAUCGGAGUCAAGAGACCUUAAGUCUCGCAUUCAAGGAGUUCUCAACGGCGUUGGAACAAACCAAUGCGAACCUUGCUGACUCAGCCACGGCAAUGCUCAAUGCCACCCUUGGUGCUGUGCUUACCUUGGGUCUCUUCGAAUCAAUCGUCUCCACUGGCAAAGAGAACAUCAAUAGCUGGACAGCUCAUACUCUUGGAACUAUUGCAUUGUUGCGUUUACGAGGACUUCAACAAUUCGGAGACACCCUCGGUCGACGUAUGUGUAUCCAUGCUGCCUACAACAUCCGUGUCAGCUGCAUUCACCGCGCUGUUGAGGUUCCUCGAGAUCUUAUUCAACUGGAGGAAGAAUUUAAUGAGGGAUUCAAUUUCCCCAAGGCUGUUCGAGACCACUAUUCAAUCAUGAACAGAACCUGCAGUAUCAAGGCCGAAUUAAAAAACGGACUGACCGCUGAACUCAUCUGCCAAGCUAUAGAAACCGAGCGGGACGCAGACCUAUUCAUCCAAGGGUUCAAACCAUCACCAAGUCCGGUAAAACAAGGGCUGUGCAGAAAAUUUCCACUGACAGAUAAUCAAGCUCUUGCCAACACCGUUAUGCUUCACAGCACAACGGGCGCUCCACCUUUGGCAGUGAUGGCUCGGUGGUUAUUUGGAAUGUCGAUGCUUCGACUGGCGCUGAACGAGAUUAUUUGGAGCGGUGGCCUAAUGUACGACAGUCACCCUGAGGUCCUGCAGAUAAUUCGCCAGGCUAGCAGUUCACUCUUUGGUGAAAUCUCUUGUAAGGACGGCCAGCCACGUCUGGCUGCAUAUGCUGUGGGGAAGAUCUAUCAAAUCUCCAGAAAGGUUCUUGCUUUUGCGCCCAAGUUCAUCGCCGAGGAGGAAACAGUCCCUCGUUUUCCGAAAAUGGCUCGGUGUAUAGUACUACCCCUGGCGUUCAUUAAGAGCAGCCCUUGCUGUCCAACUGAUAUUCACCAAGAAGUCAACAACCUGCUUUUAAGGCUUGAAAAUGACAUAGAAUUAUCGCAAGGUCAAUUUGCAGUGACUGUUCAUUAUACAUCAAGACUGGCAGGAGAAUGGUAUGUUUUCAUUUUAGUAAAAAAGUAUAACUACUAA